GUUGUCUGUGGUUAAGUGAGGAGCGACGCGCCAGAUUUGGAAUGGCGGCAAUUGAAAAUAGAAGCUUGAACUAUGCAAACGUCUAUUAUUUAUCAGUGGCGACGAGGAUAACGGAACGAUAUUCGGUGCAGAAUAAAGUCUUAAAUUAUUGUGGUAUAGUGCUUUGGGGGUGAUUAAAAAUGUCUGUUGGGAAAGUUCGAGAUUUUGACAUAAAAAAUGGGAAUUGGUCGGCGUACGUCGAUCGUCUCGAAAUGUAUUUUGUUGCUAACAAAAUAGCGGAAGAUUUGAAGUUACCAACAUUAAUAGCUCUUAUCGGCGAACCGGCUUAUGAGUUACUGUCUACUUUGGCGAGCCCGAGAAAACCAUCAACCCUGAAAUAUAAAGAAGCGGUGGAAUUACUGCAAGCACAUCUACAGCCGAAACCAUCAAUUCUCGCGGAGAGGUAUAGGUUCCGACAAAGACGCCAAUCAGCGGGAGAAACGAUAGCUGAUUACGUGGCAGAUUUGAAAAAGAUGUCACGUUAUUGUGAAUUCAAGAUCAAUUUAGAAGAAAAUUUGAGGGAUCAGUUUGUGUGCGGGUUACGUAGCGAAUAUAUACGUCAGAGGUUAUUCGCGGAAGAUAACAUAGAUUAUCAAAAAGCGCUAGUAUUAGCCAAUACUCUGGAGGCAGCUGAGCGGGACGCCGGGGCCGUAGAGGGAACGCAGGAACAAACUACCAGCCGGGAACUAAGCGAGAGAAUACACAAGUUGGAACUCAAUAAAUGUUCAGCCUGCGGGGUCAACGGUCAUGGGGCACAUAACUGUAGGUACAAGGAGUUCGAAUGUAGUUAUUGUGGACAACCUGGCCAUUUACGAAGAGUUUGUAGAAAAAAAGAAUUUGAUCGUCGCAUAAAAUCUACGAUUUCAAACCGCGGGAAUAAUGGCGCGCGAGGAAGGUCACGUAGAGGACGCGUGAUCGGGUCGAGCGCCUACGGAGCGGGUGUAUGGCGGAGCGGCAACAUGGCGCGCGGGGGGCGCAGCAACGCUCGCACCGCACGCAGCAACGACGUUACCGACGCGGCGUACUGGCUGAGCGAGCCAGCGAUGGAUGACAACUCCGGCUCGGAGCAAGACGUUGAGGGUACAAACGAGGAACCGAUGUAUCAAAUGUCACUAACCAACUAUAAACCGACAUGACAACCUAUUCGAUGGCACGUUGGGCAAAUAUACCGGUGAAGAAGUCAAGUUAUGCGUGCGGGAUGGGACCGAGCCAGUAUUUUGUCGAGCGCGCCCCGUGCCUUAUGCAUUGCUGGCGCGGGUCAAUGCUGAGUUAGACGCGAUGCUGCGCGCCGGCGUCAUCGAGCCCGUUGAACGGUCCGACUGGGCCACACCGCUAGUUAUAGCGAGGAAGGGAGACGGUGGAAUACGCUUAUGCGCGGAUU